AUGUUCCUUUCAACCAUAAUCGCAGAUACAUUCAGAUUCUGCGGAGACUUCCUUCACGUAGCUUCAAAAGUCGUGUUAAUAACAAAAAUAGCAAGAACAAGAUCCUGCAGCGGGCUGUCCCUUAAGACCCAGUUCUUGUAUGCAAUGGUCUUUAUAUUUAGAUAUGUUGAUCUGUUUGAUUUUUACAUCAAAGGGUCCCUUGGAGUAUACAACUUCAUAAUGAAGAUCUUAUUUAUUGGAUUCCAGAUUCUCAUUCUCUUUAUGAUGAGAUUCAAAUACUUCUCUACAUACGACAAGAAAUGGGACAAGUUUAAUGUUCUAGUUCUGAUAGUUCCAUGCUUUGCAUUCUCACUAUUCUUUGCUAGAGGUGGAGGUGGUGUUUAUAGAUAUACUUCCAAUGUUCUGUAUAUAUCAUCUUUAUUCCUUGAGAGUGUUGCUAUUCUUCCACAGCUUGUUCAACUGCAAGAAGCAGGGGAGUCUGAAACAAUGACUUCAAAGUAUAUUCUCUUACUUGGGCUCUACAGAGCUUCAUAUACGAUAUACUUUAUUGUCAAAAGGAUCUAUGAUGUGAAAAAUAUUGGAAACAUCCCUAUCGCAUGUGGAAUCGUUCAAACACUGCUGUAUAUGGACUUCUUUGCGAUCUAUUACAGAUAUGUUUUUAGGAAAUCCGGAAUAUCGGAAAGUCUUCCCUCAUCGAAUAUUAAAGGUGAAUUAUAA